GGCUACAAAUACCCGUCAAAUUCCAGCAGUCAUCUUCAUCGAUCUCAACACACACACUAGCUAGCCAUGGCAUCUUCGUCCAAGAGUAGUCUUGCAGUGUUCGCCCUGGCCGUGUCCAUGGCCGUGGUGGUGGUGUCGGCGCAGAACUCCCUGCAGGACUUCGUGAACCUGCACAACAGCGCGCGCGCCGCGGACGGCGUCGGCCCGGUGGCGUGGGACAACGCCGUGGCAAAGUUCGCGCAGGACUACGCGGCGCAGCGCUCCGGGGACUGCCGGAUGCAGCACUCCGGCGGGCCGUACGGCGAGAACAUCUUCUGGGGGUCCGGGCAGUCGUGGACGGCGGCGGACGCGGUGAAGCUGUGGGUGGACGAGAAGAAGAACUACCACCUCAGUAGCAACACCUGCGACGCCGGCAAGGUGUGCGGGCACUACACACAGGUGGUGUGGCGCAAGUCGACGCGCAUCGGCUGCGCGCGCGUGGUCUGCUCCGGCAACCGCGGCGUCUUCAUCACCUGCAACUACAAUCCCCCGGGCAACUUCAACGGCGAGCGCCCGUUCCAAGCCCUUGACGCCGAAGCCAAGUAGUCCGUGCGUCGGUGCGUGCGUGUACUUGUGUACUUGUAUAUUAUACGUACGUAAAUAAGCAUCCGGCCUGCUGUAUCCGUGGCAAUGCAGCUUGCGGACCAUGUCCAUGUAAUCGUAUUCGUACGCAUAAGUAAAUGGUCAACUUUUUAUUUUAA